AUGAGCUCGGCCCAGGUGUCCAAGAAAAGGAAGUUCGUAGCGGAUGGCGUCUUCAACGCAGAGCUGAACGAGUUCUUGGCGCGCACGCUGGGUGAAGACGGCUACGCUGGAGUCGAGGUGCGCGUCACCCCGAUCCGAACUGAGAUCAUCAUCCGCGCGACGAGGACCCGGGAGGUGCUUGGAGAGAAAGGCCGCCGCAUUCGAGAGCUCACCGCCUUGGUGCAGAAGCGUUUCGGCUUCCCCGAGAACAGCGUGGAGCUCUUCGCUGAGCGUGUCGAGAACCGUGCCAGCUGCGCCAUGGCUCAGUGCGAAUCCCUCCGCUUCAAGCUGAUUGGCGGCCUGGCCGUCCGCCGCGCCUGCUAUGGCGUCUUGAGGUUCAUCAUGGAGAACGGCGCCAAAGGUGUGGAGGUUAUCAUCAGCGGAAAGCUCCGUGCGCAGAGAGCCAAGGCAAUGAAGUUCAGGCAGGGCUAUCUCAUCUCCACCGGUGAGCCGAAAAGGCACUACAUCUCGGAAGCCGUCCGCCAUGUGCAGAUGCGCCAGGGCACCAUCGGAAUCAAGGUGAAGAUCAUGAUGUCCCACGACCCUGAGGGCAAGAUGGGACCUAAGAUGCAGCUGCCCGACAACGUCAUUGUCCAUGAGCCCAAG